CCGCGGUAUUGUCUCACGCCGAGGCCAGAGCCCGGCGGCGGGGGGGCGGCUCCAACUUGUGGCAACUUGGCGGCGGGGCAAACGCCGCCGAGCAGCGCGGGGCGCCGGGCGGGGAGAGGGGCCCCCGCCUCCCUCUCGCCCCGAAAAGAGGACGAAACUCGCGUUCCGCCCGCUCGGCCCUCCCCGGGAGCGGCAGCCCCACGGCGCGAUCCCCUGGACGAGGAGGAACAGAUGCAGGGCGAGGUGGGGGAGCAGUCCCGGACCGACCGCCAGACAAAGGCGGCUGCGACAAGCUUUUAUCCUCUCAUUUUCAUAACCACAAGAAGACAGUUUAAUCUCAAGUGUAAGACUGCAAAACCAGCUUUGAAUUUCUUUGAUUGUUAUUACUGUAUAUUUUGACACCAGCAACAAGAACCAGAGACUAGCUAGAUCUUACCAGCUGAGAUAAUUAGUUUGGCAGAUCCAUCGCCCAUUCAGCCUCAAAUGUUGGCAUGUUUUAGGCACCUCUGCUUGUAUCAUGGUGAGUAUCCAUUCAUUUAUGAGUUACUUUGUUUUCUAUUUUUCAUUAGGUAUACUAGAGGUCAUAUGCUUUGCUUCCAAUAAAAAACACUUACUCCCUGUGUAAGUAAUUGUGUAAUCAAAUCCUCAGAGGUUACAGGAGGGAAGGGACCCAGAAGAGGUUAAAAAACAAUCCUUCACUCAGAGAAGUAAAGCAGUGAAAGUAGGGUGCAGAGCUGGCAAAACUGGGGAGAGUAAUGAAGAGAAGGAUAAAAAAUUAGUCUCCAGAGUAUUAGAGUACAGUUGAGGAAUGAAAGUAGUUUUGAAGUGCCUGGAAAAAAAGGCAAGGAGAAGUUACAAUAAUAAGUGGUAAAUCCAUGUGGGCAAACUAGAUGAUCACGGUCAAGAUCAGUGAAAACAAAUGAUAAGCAGAAAAAGCAAAACACACAAAACAUUCCGAUCUGUAAGCCAGAACAAACAGUCAGGGUAACAACUUGACAUGCUUUUCAAAUUUUUGAAGGAAAGAAAAUGUCAACAUAAAUAGUGAGGGGAGCAAUUGUAGAACCUGAUAGUGGAAAUUAAAGGCUUCUAUUAAUCAGUGUCCAUUUCUGUCUAAUAAUUUAAAGUUUUGCUGUAAGGCAAGCAAUGUAAAUUUCCCUUCAAAUGAGAGCAAACAUAAUUUAUUCUAAUUUAUAUGUAUUUGAAUUGUAUAUAUGGCAUAUGAUGGCUUUAUUUUAACUAAUAAUCUGUCUCUGUGGAUGGUAAUGUCUGUUCUUUAGUAGCCGGGUAGAUUUCAACGCAGUAGCUUGACUGAAAUGUGGCAACCCCACACACUGCUGCCCUAGCGGAGGAGUCUGAGGAGUCCCAAACUUGUACUGACAACAGAGCCUUGUAUUGACUACCUGGAGCAGGGCAAUCUGAUUUUGCAACUUUGCUGUCGCCAAUAGAUUUUUGUAUACAUAGUAGCAACAAAAAAUAGGAUUGCAACAUCAAGGUCACUCCUCACCCAUGGAGCAGGGAAAUCUCUUUAUGCUUUAAAGGAGCAAAAACAUCCAGAAAAAACAUUCAGCUCAGCUGCCUGGGUUUUAGAGUCUUUGAUGGUCUGUAUGCGUAAGUUCCCAGUAUGGUCACAGGAGCCUACUCAGCUCACUCUGUGCAUUUAUUUUCAGAAGAGCUGAACAGCUCUCUAGACAAAGUCUAGACAGUAAGCUUGGCUGCCUAAGACCUCAGUUGACUAUAAUGGGAGUUCAGACACCUUGCUGACGAAUGGACAUCCGUGUGUAGGAGUCUGAAUUUGCAAGCUGACAUCCUGCUCUUUGAGUGUCGUAGCCCAGGCAGAGUGCUGGGGAGUCUCCUGGAACAGGCUGGGUGGACACCCAUCAGGUCUGGCAGCUUCAGCUCCAGCUGUCGACCAAGCCCUGCUCCCCUGUCUGGCACCUGGAGGCUGCACAGCCCCCGCCAGCAGUCAGCAGGCUGAUGAGCUUGGUGGGGUUUGUUCCUUUGCUCGGAUCAAGUGUAAAAGGUAUUUUCCCUAAUGAAGAAAGCAGCAGGUACCAUUUUACCCAGGACUGGUGGCUGUUUUCUCUACUGAGGGCAAACACGCUGGCUGAAACCUCUGUGUUUUUAAGCACUACACACAAAACAUGCCACUGUCAUUCACUAGCCCCUUGUAAUUUCUGCUAAAAUAUUAAGCUGGACCACUGGGAAAAAAAAAAGUAAAUAAAAGGUUAGGUAAAUUUUUCUUAUGGGGACUAAUUAUAAAAUCCAUGACUAUGUUAAUAAACAAGCUGUUGACUUCAAGUAUGUUGGCAAUGCUCCCUCCUGUAUUUCCUGAAUGUGUUCCAAUAAACAAGUUUACUGGAAGGAUGAGGGCUGAUACAGGGAGUCUGAAGCUUACCUAAGAGGGGAGAAUUACUUUUUGUGUUUAUAAUUGUGAGUAUUUGCUGCUGUGUCUAACAGUGCAUGUCUUAAAAGAUAUUGUCUAGCUUAUAAAGUAAAAACAAAUGUUGCAGAUCAAAAUCCUGUUUUCAUAUAAAACCCUUACCAAAUUAAAAAAAAAAAAAGAAAAAAAAGAAAAGAUAAAAAUGUUAUUGAGAAAUUCUAUGUCCUGGAAUUUUCCAUGUCAAGCUGAUCCAAUGCAGACAGAACAGACUAAAGAGAGGAUUUUUUUUCUGUGCUUGCCAUUUAAAUAGGGUGAGGUUAAUAUUUUUUCCCAAUUGCAAUCUCCUUCUGUAGUGAUAGGGUAUGUUUCUAAUUUUAUUUACAGAGGUGGGUGGGUUGGAUCACUAAAACUAGGAUUUUGGUUAGUAUGUGGAUUUAUAUCCCUGCUCCUCUCUGUAAAGACUGGGGCUGCUUGUAUCCAGACUCAUCUUUUCAAUUAAUUUGCAGUAAUUAAAGGGUGCUGUGUGGGAUGGGGCUAAAGAGAAACACAAUUAAAAUCUAAUGCUUUUACUUUGGUAACUGCAUCCUUAUUUAUUUUAAACCAUCUUCAACGCUCUGACGAGUUUAAGUCUUCCUGUAUCACAUACUGUGCAAACAGAAAUAUGUGAGUGAACUGUUGCCAAUGGCUCUGAGCAAGCAUGGGGCAUGUUUCAGAUUACACUGUGUUUUCUUGUUCGGAUCUGAUCUCCUUGCUAGGAGAGGCUGAGAAAGGCAGCUCUGGGGGAUUUACUUCUAGCAACAGCAGCAGCAGCAGCACAUGAUCCAUCAAUCGCGUGAUUCUCAUCACCAAGGACUAAUGGGGAGGGUGAAGAAAAAGUAAAUGCUGCCUUGGGUAAGCAACAGCAUUUUCUUCUGCUCCUGGGGCCCCUCUACUAGCCAGGCAUUUCAUGGCUUCUCCAAGGUUAGAAACCUACUGCUGCCCUAACAGGGAUGCAGCUACACAGCUAGUGAUGAACUUCCAGCCUGAAGUCUUCUGCGGAGUUUGCAUUGGCAGUGCCUCCAUCAGUCUGACACUGACCAUCCUGCAGCUUCUGCCAAAGAAAGGGCAGAGCCCACGGAAGAUGCCCAAAGCCUCCUCCUCUUCCACCAUCCUUCUCCUUAUCUCCAUUUGUGACAUCCUCGGAGGCUUAGGUAUGAUCUUUAGGUCAAGUGUAUGGCUGGGCUUCCCAGGCUUCAUAGCUAACAUUUCUGUGGUGAACGGGACUGAUGUGUGGCCUUCCACUUUCUGUGUGGGGAGUGCGAUGUGGAUCCAGCUGUUAUAUAGCGCUGGCUUCUGGUGGUUGUUUUGCUAUGCUGUUGAUUCUUACUUGGUGGUGAGAAGAUCGGCUGGACUGAGUACAAUUGUGCUGUACCACAUGAUGACGUGGGGCCUUGCAGUGCUGCUUUGCGUGGAGGGGAUUGCACUGCUUUACUACCCCUCUAUCUCCAGCUGUGAAAAUGGCUUGGAACAUGCAAUCCCACAUUAUGUCACAACCUAUGCCCCACUCCUGCUAGUGAUGGUGGUCAACCCAAUCCUGUUUAGGAGGACAGUAUCAGCAGUUGCCUCCUUACUGAAAGGAAGACAAGGGAUUUAUACGGAGAAUGAAAGACGUCUGGGAACAGAGAUCCAGAUGCGCUUCUUCAAAAUUAUGCUGGUAUUUGUUAUUUGUUGGUCAUCCAAUAUCAUCAAUGAGACCCUUUUGUUCUACCUUGAAAUGCAGCCAGAUAUCAAUGAAAUGCCCCUGAAAAACAUCAGAAGUGCUGCACUGAUCACAUGGAUUAUAAUGGGGGUUCUUAAUCCAAUGCAAGGCUUUCUUUUCACGUUAGCUUUCUAUGGGUGGACAGGAUGGAAAGUGGACCUGAAAUGGCGAAAAAGAGAAAUACCCUGGGAAUCUAUGUCCUCAUCGACUGCGGGGGAAAAUGCCUAUCCCUCACCAGUGAACUAUCAAAGCAAUAUCCAUGAUUCGAAGAAGAUAUCGACAACUGACAGCCAGCAGACUGAUGAGGCUAUAAGCAUGUUGUCUGAAGGUAACACUAGCAGUGAUGAGAGAUUAACCAGAAGCUCUCCCAUCUACCAGGGCUGGUAGUUUUAGGUGCCGAGCUGGCUCCAACUUUUCACAUUGUCAGUACUCAUAAAACCAUGUCAAUGUGUGAAUCAUUGCAUACUCUGGAAUUGGGUUUGUGCUCAGUGGCUUGAUGUUAUUUCCUAUAACUUGUGAGAGUGUGUGAAAGAGCAUGUAAGACAGAGAGGUAAGGUUUAUGUCUUCAUUUGCCUUCUAGGACACAUAUAAAAAGGUAUAAAGACUUGAUCCUUUUUCAGCAGGAGCAUAUCUCUGCAAAGAUAUGUUUCUUACAAUUAAUUUUCAUCCAUUUUGUUUUAAUCUCUCUUGUAACCUCCAUCCAGUAAAAGACUCUUUUGUUUAAAUAA